CGGAUGGGUGAACGGAACGAAUCAGUGAAUGACAACUACAAAAAGGUUGGCAUAAACACUGAUUUCUGUGUGGGUCAUUCUCACAAGGAGAUGUCACAAGGGCUGUCCAGUAAGCACCUGUUGUGUAACACUCUCAAAUUUAAAGCCCACCUUUGCUUUUCUUUCUCCAAGGCAUUUUUCGGACGUUAGAAAUUCACAUCCGGUGGUGGCUUCCACGUUGGCGGCGCAGCGAGGCCACUUCAGGUUUUGGCUUGGAAGGAAGCCUGAGUUAAAACCUCGGGUGGAUUCGCCGUCCCACUGACAUGGGAGUCUUCCAUCACGGCAGUAGGGAUGGUCUUGUUCACUCCGUCCCUUGUAUUUUUCAGGCCAAAGACAGCGAUGAAGAUGACGAGGUGGCUGUGGGAGUGGAUCGGGACCGUUUUAUGGAUGAGUUUUUCGAGCAGGUGGAAGAGAUUCGGGGAUUCAUCGAGAAGAUUGCCGAGAACGUGGAAGAGGUGAAGAGGAAGCACAGUGCCAUCCUGGCCUCCCCGAACCCCGAUGAGA